AUGACGCGGAUGAUGUCCCGUCCGUUGAAGGAAAUGCUGGAAGGUGUGGUGUUUGAUCCAGAUGAAAUACGAAUCCACCAUGAAACCAUUGAGGAUGAUGAUACGGUCACUGUCAAUCUGGAGUGGAAUGGGCCGCUCAAAGGGGAAUACUCGGGGUUUAGAAUAACGGUAGAGAAAAGAACCGACGGGAACUUUGUGUUUGAUAACACAGUUCACGUUGUGAAAGCAGAAGUCGGUAAAGAGAGAGAGAAAACAGCGUGUUUGCGGCGUUUAGAGCGCGGUUCUGUAUAUAAAGUUCGCGUCUUUUCUGUGUUGGAAAAAGAAGAAGGGGUUAUCAGAACAAGCCAGCCGUCAAAAAUAGUCAUAGCUACUAAGCCACCCGAGCCCCGUUCAUUUGUUCUGAAACAGUCAUCUGGUAGAUUUGCAAGAAGUGACAGGAGGUUAACAUUGACCGGUAUGGUGGACAAGGGUAAUGUGACCUCAUUCGUUUUGCAAUACAGCGUGUACUCCACCCACGCUAGCACGAGUGGGACUCAUUCGAAAACCACCACGAAAUCGCGUGCAAUUCCUGAUGUUAUAACAGGCAAAGAGACUGAUAUCCAAGUGAGAGACCUUCUACCAGGGACACUCUACAGAUUCAUGCUGAAGUGCAGAUGUGACUAUAGUAAAAUGGAAACUGAAGAAAGACCAAUUAACAUGGAUGCUUCUCACAACGAAAGUGAUUUCGUUGAAAUAACUGUUCUUACAAACCCUGGUGAGGUGAAGAAAGUAGAACUGCAAAAAGAAAGACUGCCGAAAUUGGACACACCGACAAGUGUCCCAAUACGAUGGGUAAAGCCAAAGGGCAGCGUUGAUAGGUACACUGUGUUCUACAGAGGAAGCCAGGAUGAAGUAUUCCGACAAGUACCCUCUCACAAAGAAAGCUGUAUCUUAUACGGGCUCACACCAGGCACCGAGUACACUGUAAUUGUUGCAGCGGAGUGUUGCACUGAUAACGAGUUUUGUGAAUACCCACCAGCCGAAGGGGUACAGGAAAGUGCCGAAUCAAAUUAUAUACAGGGGAAGAAGGUUCAGGCAGACAUCACACUAUACACACACCCCGCAAAACCGACAGAAAUGGCGGCUGCUUCCACCUGUACCAGUAUAGAUGUCACUUGGGCGAAACCGUCGGGACAAGUGCAGUCGUACCUGGUCUCUUGGAGUGAUAGCAGCGGUGACACCGGUCUCAAAGAGGUUCCAUGCGACACGUGCACGUAUACCAUUAAUUACCUACAGCCGGGCACCAAAUACACUUUAUCCGUGCAAGCAAAAAGUAAUGGGAUUCAUAGUGAGAAAGAAACCAUGUCCAAAGUUACAGUGCCAGACAGUGCAGUUGACGUGAACAUUUCCGAGAUCGUUGACGAUACAACCAAAGUGAGAGUUACAUGGGGACGCUUACAAGGACGUGUUGAUUCAUAUUCUGUAAUUUGUAUGGACCAAGAACGCUACCGCCGUGAAAUAAGAAUUGGCACGUCCCAGGAUGACCACUCUGUUGAAUUGCAAGGUCUUGUACCAGGGCGCUAUUAUGAAGUAUGCAUCACCGCCUUCAGUUGGGAUGUUCAAGGUCGUAGGGAGGAUUUUCAAUUCUCUACCAAGCCCAACCCGCCUAAACGUCUCCGGUUAGAUGAUGAGCCGGGCAUGGAUCGUUCUGCAUUCGAAUGGGAACCCCCUGUUGGAGACGUCGAGGAAUAUGUACUGAAGAUCAACCAGAAAGAUAGUGACCAUUGCCUUGGCGAUCACGUCACGACAGCAACUCGCUUUUCAGUAAACGAUCUUUCUCCGGGAACAAUAUAUGUAUGUUCAGUGACAUCUUACAGUCAAGGGAAAGAAAGUGUUCCGUCAUGCAUUACGUUCGUAACAGCACCUGCUCCACCAGAAGACAUUCAGUUGGAGUUACGUGAUGAUACAGAUGUUUUUGUCACUUGGAGAUCCCCGUCAGUUGGUCUGUAUGAUGGGUAUACUGCUCGCUGUUACUCCUGUGAAACGGGGGACACAAUAAUGGAGGUGAAAUCGAAUCUUGAAAAAGCUGAAUUCUGCGAACUCUUUCCUGGAACCAAAUACAAGUUUUCAGUAGAAUCUUGUUCAAAUGGCCGUUUUAGUCUACCUGCAGAAAAACAUUACCUAAUCAGACCGGGCAAACCAGUUGUGUUAAAAAAGGAAAAGUUUGAUACGAAGACUAUAUUCCUCCAAUGGCGUCCACCACAUGGUAAAGUUAAUCAGUACAUAGUGAAAUACAGUGGUAACGGUGAUGAGUACCAAGAGACAAUGAUCACAACAGAGGAUACAGGAAUAACUCUUUGCAAUCUUAACCCUGGAACUCGGUAUUCUGGUGAUAUCAUAGCGAGGGUGCUUGAUGAUGGACGUCAUUUUGAUGGGCUGGUAGAGCAAUGGACGGCUGUCACAGAUCCUUCUGGGAUAGGAGACUGCGACGUUAUGCACCUGACUCUAAAGAGUGUCCAACUGUCCUGGAGGCGACCAGAUGGUCAAGUCAACCAUUUCCGAGUAUCUUACUGGCCGCGCGGGAAGGCUUACCGCUUGAAAAAUGUGGAAAUACGAGAAACAUGCAAAGUCCUGACAGAUUUGGAUCCUGGUACACGUUACGAAGCACAGAUCACAUCAGUAUCAAACGGGAGGGAAAGCGAUUCUUAUCAAAUGCAGUUUGACACGGGUCCGGAUGUGGCAUUGGAUUUUGCAGAGGCAGGCAGAGGAUCGACCCACGUGGAUCUAAAAUGGAACAUACCGCGCGGUUCAUUUGAAUUCUUCAUCGUCCGUUGGCGGUCAGAAGAUGAGGCAGGGGUAUAUGAAAGCACAAAGACACCAAAGACACAUCACACCGUUAAUGGCUUGUGCCCUGGUGACCGAUAUGAAGUCGGUGUUGUUACAGUCAGUAAUGAGAUGGAGAGUGAACCUUGUUUCAUUUAUGUGCAAACAGACCCAGCUCCCAUUGCGGAUAUAGAUAUUGAACCUGGUAUUGAUGCUAUCAAGUGCAAAUGGAGUAAACCCAAAGGCAAAGUUGACGGAUACCGGUUGCAAUUGAAGGGACCCAAAGAUUUACAAACAGGCAAAACAUUGCCUCCUAUAGAAGUAGAAGAGGUGGAAAUUCCCGGAUUGACUCCGGGAACAACAUACCUUGGUUGUCUAUUUACCGUGCGAAAUGACCAACGAAGCGAGCCUUAUUGUUUCAGUUGUUCCACAAGACCAGCCGAAUGCACUCCAGAGUGCAGUGACAAGGGCACUAGGUCUUUGAAAAUAACGUGGAAACCCGCUGAAGGCGAGAUUCGGUAUUAUGAGAUCCAAUUAAUCAGAGAUCAUGAAUCUGUCCGAACUAAGAAAAUACCUCGAGACAACGACACAGAGGCAAUAUUUGAUGACCUGCUUCCAGGGACUAAAUAUGAAGUGAUAAUUCGCACGGUUACUGACAAUGCAUACACAACAAGUGACCCAUUGGAUGUUUACACAGAUCCAGAUGAAGUUGGUAAAAUCGAGAUACAAGCACAGGAAAGAUCGGCAACUCUUUCUUGGGUACCCCCAUUCGGGAAUUGGGAAAGUUUUAGGGUUUCUCACUGGAAAUACAAAAAAGAGGAUAAAAUUAAUAAAUACACAGAUGAAUGCGUGUUUUCUCUGGUCGAACUUGAACCGGGAAAAAAGAAUUAUGUAGAAAUCGCUACUCUGGUGAACGGUAUAGAAAGCAAGGAACGAACGGAAACCUUUGUUGCAAUCCCUGACAUGGUUGAUAAAGGAAAAAUAGGCGUGACUGAGGGAGUAAAGACUUUUACCCUUAAAUGGGAUCGGCCAGUUGGUAAAGUUGACGGGUACAAAAUCUCGGUCAAGCAGGAAGACAACGAGUCAUACCAACGAAACAUAGAAUCACUAAAACCAAACGUGGUGAUCAAUAAGAUAGUUCCUGGUAUGGGCUACAGAAUUGAAAUAAGAUGUUACAGUUUUGAAAAAGAAAGUAAACCAUGUUGCAUCCCUCUACAAAAAGCUCCUGAUCCACCCUCACUGCCGAAGGCUGGGGUUACUGUCACCAAGAACACGAUAACAUUGUGUUGGGACGUUCCUGAAGGAAAGUUUGAAAGAUAUCAGAUAUUUUGCAAGAAAGAUGGCACUGAUACUGGGACAUGUAGUGACCUUAGUACAGGGAAGACAUAUGUAUUAACCGAUCUGCAACCGAGCACCCAUUACACUGGUUGGAUUCGUACCCUGUUCAAAGGGAAACUAAAGAGUGAACAUGUGAACUUUGAUUGUUUUACAGAUCCAGAGCCACCACAGCACUUUUCUUGCCUUAAACAUCUUAGAGAAACGACAACGUUAACAUUGGAAUGGGAGGCAAGCAGAGGUGAUAUUAAAGGAUAUACACUGAUCAUCAGGGACACAGAUGGCAAUGAAACCCCCCAUAAACUAGGACCGAAAACCAUCGGGCACAAACAUAUCCUGGUCAUCGAUGCACGCUGUAUCUCUUUAGAUCCAUCGACACCAACAGACUUCAAGCAGACGUGGUCACAAAUGAACAAGAGACGGCAUCCAACCUCAGUUAAGCUGAAAUGGGAUAUGCCUACAGAAAUAAUUGCUCACUUUGAAAUCAUAUAUGACGCCCAUGGAGUCGGUCGUAAUCCAGUGAAAGUUGAGCAAAGCAGGCGUACUGCCGAAAUCUAUGGAUUAGAACCUGGAACUGAAUACAACUGCACUCCUGCAAGACCAGGUACCAUUGUGCCAGGUAGCAUUGUAGCAAGUACAAAGGGUUUAUACUUGCAAUGGAUGCCAGCUGAAGGAGCUGUCAAUAAGUACAUUAUCAUGUACAGAAGUGUCCAAGUAUCAGUCACCGACAACCAAGACGAGGGCAACGCAGAGACGCAGAUAAAACAACUUCUACAGGGAAGUGACAGUGAUGUACAGGCGUCGGAAAAAAAUCUAGACAUCAAUGAAGAAAAAGCACGCGAUGCAAGAUAUGAACAAACCGAAAGUGUGCAAAGCAAGUGCAAUUUAGAAAAGCUUGAUCCUGGCACAAAUUAUGAAAUCCGAAUUUUUGCGAUAACUCACAGUUAUCCCAGUCUGCCACAACAGCUGACACAGGCAACAAAGCCGGGUAAACCUGGAGAAGUUAAAAAAGAAGAGACUACUACUAACGAAUCAAUAUCUCUGUCUUGGGGUGCUAGCGAAGGCAAUGUCAGUAGAUAUGAAAUCGAAUAUGGGAGAAAGGACCGAACAACAAGACAGCCACUGAGCUCAAAUGCUCCAAAUUGUAUCAUUGAUAACAUAUCGCCUGGUGUUCCUUAUAGCUAUAAAGUGUACGCUAUAAGUAAUGGGAUGAGAAGUGAUCCUUCUCAGUUUGUAGCAGCCACGGAUCUUCCAUGCCCUGAAAACUUCCGAGAGAUACAAAGUGAAACAACCGCACGCUCAAUACAUUUGCAGUGGGAUGCACCGCCAUCUAUCACGACAGGUUCUUGGUCAUAUACCGUGAGAUAUCGCAGUUUUGAAACUUCUGAAGAAUUCCAAAAUGAUACGGAGGUUACAGCUGAAAGUCUGAAAGUAACUGGUUUAGUCCCUGGCAGAAAGUACGAAUUUUCUCUUCAAGUAACUGGAUGGAAAGAUGCGGUCGGUCACUCUACAAGCAGAGAGGUGUUUUGCAUAGGAGCAACAGAUCCAGAACCAGUCCACGGUCUAAAGUGGGAUACGUCAACGAACACACUUACUUGGGAUAAGCCAGACGGCGAUACUGCCAAAUAUGAUGUUACAGUUACAAUGGGGCAAGAUAUUACAACAUUCCACACAAUGACCUGUAAAUAUAACCUCCACCCUAUUGUAAAGGGAGAAACCUAUGUUUUCAGUGUCGUGGCAGUCAGCAACGAAAAGGCAAGCAAGGAGGUUUCAAAAACGGUUACGAUAGCUCCUGGUAACCCUGAAUUUGUAAAAGAAAAAACAGUGGUGACUACAAGCUCAAUCACCCUCUAUUGGACUCCCCCUGAUGGAAAAGUAAAACGCUACACAUUAUAUCAUCAAUCGGAAGAUGAAGACAACGGCUUUUUGGCACGAUUUCGGUCCAGAGGCGAAAAUAGUGUUAUGGUAGAAGGCUGUUUUAAAACUUUGGAAAACCUUCAACCCGGAUUUAAGUAUCACUUUAGAGUAUGCGCUGAGGUAGAUGGUGCCAAAGACGAAGCCGGUGAUACCAUCAUAGUUGCAACAGAACCUGAAAGACCGAGCAUUGAAUGUGAUCUAUCCAGCAAAUACCUCGCCUUACAUUGCACAUGUAAGGGCCGGAAGGAUUGCUAUGACGUGCGUUAUAAAUACCGCGAGGAUCAGAUGUACCAAACGAAAAAAAUCACUAGCGACAAUAAAAUUUCAACCGAGAGGCUCGUCCUGUUGGAAUGGCAACCCGGGCGUGUUUAUGAUGUGGAGGUGAAUAGUAUCAGUUAUUUCAGUACGAACUUAGAAGCCAGGAGUGAACCAGUAAAGAUGACAAUACAUACAGUACCAUCAAAACCAACCGUUAGUUACGAAGCAUCGGCAACUGACUUGACAGUGAAAUGGGUCAAGGUAGAUGAACCAGGUGUGGACAAAAUCACGAUAAAAUAUUGGGUUAAAGGAGAUAAUACAAAAACUACACAAUUACCUGAUAUUACUGACGUAUCUGCGACUACAGCCAGCAUACAUAAUCUCCGACCAGGCACUUCAUAUAGAGCAGAAGUCACUUUUCACUGUGGAGACAAAUCAAGCACAAGGGGUCCGUUUGAUAUUACUACUGGUCUUCUCCCGCCGGCAACAGUUUUUCACACGUCAGUAUCUACUUCAACGGCCAACAUCGAAUGGGACGAGCCGAAUGGCCAGUGCGACCACAUGGUUGUCACUCUAACUAACUUGACAACAAACGAAACACACGAGAAAAUAAAAAAAGAACUCAGCGCAAAGUACAAUUAUCUCCGUCCUGCUACUUGUUACCGUGUAUCCGUCAUGACGGUAAAAGGAACAAGGAAAAGUGCCGUUACGUCCCACACUUUCAAUACAGCUCCUUUGCCCCCCACGGGUAUUUCUGUUAACCCCGGAUCGAAUACAGCAAACAUAUCUUGGACCUAUCCAGGUAAACUGGAGAACAGCGGCAUCUCUUUUGAAAUCAGUUAUUGGGAAAUUAACGCUCGCAGAUCUGAACCCUUCCCGACAGUGUCAUCUAAAACUUUGCAGACAACAAUUAAGUCAUUAACACCAGGGUCACAGUACAAGGUUCAAGUGAAGGCUGUCUUUCAAGGAACGGAGAGUGACGAUUUCCAGGAAACAACGUUUAGUACUGAACCAGCUGGCGUAACUGAUGUACAAGUGCAAGGGUUUUCCACCUAUGCCGACGUGUCCUGGAGGCAUCCUGUACAUGGAAAUGUUAAGAGUUAUGAUAUCGUAUGUUGGCCUGCUAACAACCCAUCAGCAAAGCGAAAGACCACGGUUCAAUAUCCUGCUGUCACGGGAUCAAUUAUUGACCUUAAACAAGGGACCAAGUACGUCAUGGAAGUUAAGUCCAGUGUAGAAGGACGCGAAAGCCAAGGUGGCGAGAGGAAAGCGUUCUAUACAGUACCCUCACAGCCGUCGAUGGGCAGUAUUGAUACUGGACCAGAUUCAAUCAGACUCAAAUGGAGUAGAAAGGAAGAUGAACCAGAUGUAACCGAUGCAGUAGUCACAUAUUGUCUGCCUGACUCUACUCAGAAAAUAACAAAACAUGUAUCUACGACAGAACCCCAGCAGUUGCUGAUAUCUCCACUGAAUCCCAACACACACAUUAAAGGUUAUGUUGAACUGGUGUGCGGAGAUAAAACCAGCGACAAGAAACAUUGGUCGGCAACAACAGAUCCCAUUAAAACAGGAAAAAUACAUGUAGGCUGUAUAUCAGAAACAACAGCUAAUUUGUCGUGGGCAGAUAACGGUACUGCAGGGACUGUAGAAUAUCGCGUUGAUUAUAAAGAGAAAUCACCAUGGGCGAAGUGGUUAACGAAAGGCACAGAUGUACCCAACUUGAAACUGACAGACUUGGAACCUGGGACGGAGUACAUGGUGGCAGUAUCAACUGUGAUUGACGGUGCUGACUCUGAAGCCAGAACCACAACAGAAUUCACCACACGCCCAGGCCAACCAGACGCUGUGAAACUUGUGGGUAGUCCAGCUGCGGAAUCGGCCCCCAUUAGUUGGAAACCUCCUGCGGGUGUUGUGGAUCACUACCGCCUUGAAUACAAAACAGACAAAGGUGAACCAGUGACUAAAAUGAUACGUGGCACUGAAUCGAGCUAUGAAUUGGCUAAUCUUAUCCCUGGAACUAACUAUACCAUUGCACUAUGCUGCGUACGCCACAAAAAAGAAACACUUGAUGUGCCUAUCAUCACAGCCCAGCCUGACAGCACCGCCAUAUUGUUAUCUUGGAGCCAGUAUAAGGGAAAUGCUGAAAGCUUUGAGAUCACUUGCCAAAGUCAACAUGAUGAAGAUGAGAAGCAAAGUGUG